CGCCAGUGUUUCGCGACGAGCUUGCUUGAUCGUAUUAUUUAUAGGUGGUUGAUUGAACGUGAAAAGUGCACUGUGUACAACGAAUAGGUCAACAGCAUGGCGUCACAACGUAAGACAAAGCCAGAGGUGACGGGGGAAAUCCUUGUAGCUUGGCAGAAGUACAUAGCUCGCAGUUCCGACGAGAUUACUCUGAAAGAAGGAGAUGUGGUAGAGCUGCUGGAUGCUGAAGAUCCAGUUUCGGCAAAGAAGCCAAAACUGGAUCCCGAACUCGACACAGUAUCUGGUGAGCUUCUCGACAGUUCAGCGGCUCGCCACAAGCUUUCGGUCAAACCCAGAAGGACCCAUACAAGUUCUAGACAUUCCCCUACUAGACUGAACUUAGAAGCAAGAUGGUUGGUACGUGAAGUAAGUGGCGGCAAGAAGCAAGGAUGGGUUCCUUGCAAGAUCCUCCAAACCAUAGAUGACCCAACUCCUGGAGGAGCAGGACUUCCAGGAGACGCACUCUACAGAAGACAAGCUGUGGUCAAAGAACUCGUGGAAACCGAGCACGAGUUCGUCAAAGACUUGGACCACGUAGUCCAAAAGUACCUCCUCCUUUCAGAAACCAAGAAAGUCCCGAAAGUCAUCAGAGACAACUUUGAGGUGAUUUUUGGGAACUUGAAAGAAAUAGCAGAGUUUCAUCGGACGGUGUUGAUGGAAGGUGUGAAGUACUACGCGACCGAGCCUCAUUUGCUGGGAAAGUUCUUUCUGCGUUUGGAACGAGACUUCGAUAGGCAUGUUGAUUAUUACAUGUACGAACCACAGGCUCAAGCAUUUUUGGAAAAUUGCGAUGAAGCGCACGACUAUUUUGACGAGUUGUCACAACGCCUGGGUGACGACAAAACCAUAUCCGAGCAUUUGAAACUUCCGAUCCAACGUAUCAACGACUACCAACUUCUCUUGAAGGAGUUGGUAAGAUAUAGCGCUUGUCUUGGCGAAGACAAUAGCGACCUCCAAAAGGCUUUGGAGUUGAUGCUAAGUGUCCCUCACCGAGCGCAAGACGAAAAGUUCACCUCUAACAUCGAAGGCUACCGUGGAAGCAUCCACAAACUCGGCCGUCUACUAGCUCACGACUGGUUUUCAGUGGCGCUUGCUGACGUCUCAAAGGAACGCUACCUCUUCUUGUUCAAGGGCAAAAUCCUCAUCUGUAAAGUCAGACGCAUCUCCGAGGACAGGUCCGUCUUCCAACUCAAGGACAUCAUCCAGCUGAAUCGAGUCGCUGUUAAAGACCAUCCAGACGAAGAGAGGGUUUUUGAGCUGAUCGAAACCGUCAACGGGAAACCGUUGAUCCUCACCGCCCACAGGGACCACAUCACCGAGUAUUGGAUCAAAGAAAUCAAAGAGUUCGCGCAGGAAUACGAAGAGGGCGAAGAUACCGAAGACGAUUUCCAGUUAGCGUCAUCGUCACCACCCACAGAAACAACUCAAACCAAGUUAGAAGAGAACAUCACACUCCAGGAAGUCAAAGUUCGAAUUGCCGAGAAGACUGUUACUGAGGAAUCUCAAGCGGUUAAGACCGAAGAGGAAGAGGUCAUUCAAAAGACUGAAGCAAAGGAAGUCAGAGUUGAAGAGAUAAAAGUUGAAAGCAGAGAGGAAGAAAAACGUGUGGGACCACCCGAAAUAGAAUCAACUCCUUUACACAUAAAGGGCAAAGACCGAUUGGAAGAGCAUCAGGCAACAGAAAUCCGAAAAGACGAAGUAAACGUUGACCGGCAAGAAUUAAAACCAGAAGAGCCACCACAGAAAUUAGAACAACCUCCACCGGUAAAAGUCAAAGAAUCUCCAGAGACACCCGCAGAGGAAACACCUAAUCAUCAAGAAUCCAUAAAAUCAAAAGAGACAACAACAGUUAAAGAAGAUCUGCAAGUAUCUUUGAAAGAAACCAAGAAAGACGAUCAGCCACCACCAUUAGUAGUAGAAACUCCGCCCGAAGAACCGCCGUCCGUGGUUACUAACCACCGCGAGCCCGAAGAUCUUCAUGUUUCCAAAGCUUCAAAAGAAGUUUCUAGUGCUUUAGACAAAUCUAGUGUUGAUUCAUCUGUUCACAGUGCACAUUUAGCAGAUUCAAGUGUAGGUUUAGAGGUUAAUGUCGAAACUGCCGACGACAUGAGUAGGAGAUACACAUCGUCCUCUGCAAGAGCAGAAGGCUAUUCGGAUUCCUAUAGUAGAAGAUCCCAGUCUUCUUUCUCCAAUGAUGGAGUUUCGUCGAGAUACGGUAGCGAAUCGAUCGCCAGCAGAUACAGCAGCGCCGAAUCCUCCUUAGGAGGAUCAAAGUAUGAGUCUUUAAGUUCCAAGUAUGACACUGGCGACUCUCUCAGUUACUCGAAGAGGGGAGAUAGCCAUAGUUAUUCCAGACACCUCGAUCUGGGAGAUGAUGACGACGACUAUAAUUUCUCUAGGCGAUCUAUUAAAACCGUCACAACUGAGUAUGGCGACGGUGAUAAGUAUUCAAGACGAUCAAUCAGAGCCUCCGCGGAGGCUAUCGGCGACUUAGACUCCUACUCCGUGCGAAAAUCCGUCCGUAGUUCGAUAGAGGGAGUAGGAGGUUACGGCGACAGCGAACUCGAUUCUUACAGCUUGUCCCGACGAUCUAUCAAAGAAAGCAAGGAUUCCAGAACCUACGGUAAAAGAUCUACUUCAAUUGAAGAAGUAGGCGAUACAAGCAAGUACGGGCGAAAGGCUCUAACGCUCCGAGACGACAUCGAAGAAGACUUAAUGUCCAAAUACUCACCCUCUAGGUACUUAGGCGAAGAUCGCGAAGCAGAAGACAUAUACGCAAAAUACGAACGCAAAUACUCUAGAACAGACUCGAGCGAAAGCAAAUCGAAAUACGCUCGAACAAGUUCAAUCGAACAAAAGGCAGGUGAAGAAGACGUUUACGCCAAAUAUACCAGAAAGUACUCCCGGACCGAUUCUUCAAAAUCGAAUCGCGACGAGGAAGAGGACAAGUAUCGAAAGUACGCAAGAACCGACUCGAACGAGAAAAAGUCCUACAAAAGAACAGAUUCCGUGAAGAGCGAUCGUGAAUCAUCCUCCAUUCACAGCGUGAGUGAAACAACCAUCGCCAAUGGAAAAGAAAUCAAGAAGGAAGCUGUCGAGAGCAGCGAAUCUGUAUCAUCAUCAACCACUUUCGUCAAGGAAACGACAAAGUCGGGAACGAAACACAGAGAAGAGAUCCGAACGAGCGGCGAUGAGGAGAGGAACAGAUUCAUUAAGACGAUCAGAGGCGCGGAUAUUGAACUGACCGCUGAUGAAAAGCUAGCAAGAGCCGAAACAGACAAACCCGAGUUCCUUGUCAAACUCAAAGACACAGAAUUAGCCGAAAACACGUAUCUGAGAUUCAUGGUCAAAGUCCGUGGUGAACCCAUGCCCGACGUUAUUUUCUUCAAAGAUGGUGCCAUCAUUGAAAAAAGCGACCGCUACGAGGUCAUCCGUGAACACUCAGAUCGUGGAUUCUACGAACUGCUCAUCCCCGAAGUGAAAAUGUCAGACGCUGGUUACUACAAAUGCGUCGCCUCCAACAAGUGGGGUGAAGAAUCCUCCGACGCGGUACUCAAAGUAACAACCGAAGACCUCCACAAGGACAUGCCCGAAGGCGAAAUCCUCGCUCCUGGCGAAGCUUCAGAAUUCCAGUGGAAGAAAGACGGAGAAGCCUUCACUCCCGACGAACGCUUCAAGGUCCUAAUGGGAGACGACGAGGAUUCCCUCGCUUUGGUGUUUCAGCACGUACGUGCCGAAGAUGUCGGGUUAUACACAUGCGUCGCGCAGACCUCCAGGGGUCACAUUAGCUGCAGCGCGGAACUGACAGUUCACGGUACCGUCAACCAACUAGUCCGAGAACCAGAAAAGCCGCAGCUCAUUAUUGAAAAGCGAGAACCCGUCGUGACGGCGGGAGGAUCCGCGAUGCUCGAGCUUCAGGUUAAAGGAUACCCUAAACCACAAGUCAAGUGGACGCACGAAGGCAAACCUAUAGAGGCCGGUGGCAAGUAUAAAUUCUUGUAUGAAGAUGAAGAAAGCAUGUCUUUGGUUAUCAAAGACGUGCAGAAGGAAGACGCUGGGAAGUACGAGUGUACAGCCGAAAAUGAGAUCGGAAGCGACACUGCCGAGAUGACUCUCACGGUGAAGCUGCCACCGAAGCUCAAGAGCAAAAUCGAAGACGUGGAUGCUCACGCCGACCUCACUCUGAGGGUACCGGUGGAAAUUGAAGGUACCCCAAAACCUACCGUCAUUUUCUACAAGGACGGCAAAGAGAUUAAGAAAGAUGAGCGCGUUAAGGUGGUCGAAGAAGGCGAUAAAAUUAUCUUGGUCAUUGAGAAGACGACCCUGAAAGAUACAGGGUCGUACUCCGUAGUGGCCACCAACGAACUCGCCCAGAUAUCGCAAUUCUUCAACGUGAAUAUUCACACUAAACCGAAAAUCCUUGAGAAACUUGGUAAAGAUAAGAUCGUAUCUCAAGGAGAAACGGUCGAACUGAAAGUGAAGCUGGAGUCGGAACCUGAAGCCGAAGUGAAGUGGUUCAAAGACGAUAGUCAAAUUUCCUCCAGCGACCACUACGUUAUUAAAAAAGACGGCGAUACCUACAUCCUCAAGAUUACAGGAGCGGUGACGACCGAUGCGGCCAAGUACAAAUUCAAGGCCGUCAAUAUUCACGGUUCCGUGGAUGACGAUUUAACAAUUUUCGUGAAGAAAGCACCCAAAAUCACCAAAGGUCUUCAGGACAUGACGGUAACAGAGCAUGACACUAACGUCACGUUCGACGUGAAGCUUGAAUCCUUCCCCAAACCGACAGUGAAGUGGUACCUCGACGAAAUGGAAAUCACAGAAACAAAAACAGAAUUCACCCGAACUGAGUCGGAUGACGGUGUCAAGCUCGUAAUUAAAGAAGUCAACAGUAAAUUGUCUGGAAAAUAUACCUGCAAGCUGAGCAACGAGUGCGGAAACGCAGAAACCAGCGCUAAACUUACUGUCAACUGUGCUCCUCGCAUUAUCAAGCAACUUAAAGACACCACAGUUGAAGAAGGCGCCACUCUACAUUUAGAGGUAGAAGUAGAAGGGUGUCCAGAACCUACGGUCAAGUGGUUGCGUAAUGGUCGCGAAGUCUCCGCGGACGCUCGCAUCAAAAUCAGCCGAGAUACCCAACGUCAAGAAAACUACAACCUGGCUGUUAAUCUCAUCAAGUACGAAGAACAAGGAGAGUAUGAGGUUGUGGUGACUAAUUCCUUGGGUACCGUCUCCAGCAAGAGUUACGUGACAGUACACAAGGUAACCCAUACCGAUGCUAUUGAAGUAGAAGGAGAACCACCCGCUAAACUCAAAGUUGAAGUGGUGGAAGACGAAGAACCGCAAGCUGCGGAAUUAGCGGAGCCUCAAGAAAUAGAAGAAGUAGGUAGAGAAGAACAAAAACAACCUCAAAUUGACGAUUUUGAUGAGAAACCGGCUAAAGGUACUAUAGCAGAAAAAGUACAGAUCGAAGAGAAACAAGUUACUCGCGUAACUCCGGAACCUAUAAUCGAGGAACCUCUCUCGCCAAACCUGUUACAAAGGGUUCAUUCCGACAUUCUAGAAGAAUCAGAAAUAGUGGAAAACGAAGAAGCAACCAAACCUCAACGCUUCACCGAAGAAGAAGUACCCAAACCUAAAUCGAAACGUGCCAAAUCGAUUCAGAUCGAGGAAAUCGAAGAGAACGACCAGUUCCCGGACGAACCCAAAACUCCCGUAGAAACGGAAAUACCGAAACGGAAAGCCAGUAGGGCGAUGUCUGCCACCCAGGAAGACAUACAACUCGUAGAGAACAAACUUAUCGAUACCAGCCACGAAGUACGACCGACGGAAAUCGAGAGACAACAAAGUCAAAAGGGUACGAAAGAAGACGACCAAGAAGACGACGAAGAAUUGGAAGCUCUUCUCAAGAGAGCGCAAAAACAGAGGAGUUUGGUUGAGGAAUUACCCAAAAAAAGUGAUCUAGCUGAAGCUAAACCCACGAUCACCGACUCGAACAUGAAGGACAGCUCUCGGCCCGAGUCCUUGGGGAUCACUUACAUCGUUAAGGGUACCUCAAAUCCACCACCGAAGGCCACGUGGAGUUUGAACGGCAAAGAAGUCAAACCUGACGGUCGCCUCAAGAUCACCGAAAGCGGAGAAGAGUUCAAACUCGAGGUCCUCAAACUAGAAAUGUCGGACGCCGGAACCUGGCAAUGCACCUUAUCGAAUCCUUUGGGAGAUGUUAAACAACAAGCAGUCCUCGAAGUUACGCCGGAAAAGGAACUGCGCCGCCCCAAACUAAAACAAGGCCUUGACGACCAAACCAUCGUCAAGAAAAAUUCGCUUACGUUCAAGGCCGUGGUCAUCGGGGAUCCCGUACCGGUCGCCACGUGGUCAGUCGAUGGUAAAGAGAUCACGAAUGAAGAGUACGAGAUAUACAAGAUCAUCCUCGAGAGCGAAGACCACGAGAUCCAAGAUGGUUUGAAGGAGUGUUCGUAUUCUCUGACAAUUCCCAGAUGUGAGAGAUGCAACGGAGGAAAAUACACGUUCUUUGCCAAAAAUAAAUGGGGAGAAUGCAACAGCAGCGCUCAGCUCACCAUCGUCCUGCGUCCGGAGAUCGAAGGCCCUCAGAACGUUUCGGUAAUUCCAGGAGAAUUCGUCGAGUUUGUCUGCAAGAUCCAGGCUAACCCAAUUGCGGAAGUCAGCUGGACCAAAGACGAUCAAGUGAUCAAGGCGACCGAAGACAGGGAGAUCGUUGCGGACGUGGCCAACGAAACCUACAGGCUAGUUUUCAAAAAGGCGCUCCUUUCUGAUGACGGGUAUUACAAGGUUAUCGCCAAGAAUAAUCUUGGCGAGAGUUCAUCAGAGGCGCGCCUCAAAGCAAUCAAAGAAGCAGAACCCUCUACUGAGAAACCAACCAUCAUCACCGGCUUGUCCGACGAACAAGUCGAACACACCAAAGAACUUUCGGUGAUGGUGCGAGCCGAUGGUUUGCCCAAACCGCAAAUACGUUGGUUCCUCAACGAUAAUCCUCUCACGGAAGACGCGAACCACAAGAUAGAAGGUCACACGGAAGCGCAAGUAACGAGUACCUUGACCGUCACGAACUUCAACGAAGCCGACUCUGGAAUGUACAAAGCGGUGGCCGCUAACGUCGCCGGAGCCGCCGAAACCGUGGCACGCAUCGUCAUGCUUCAGACACCUCCUGGGUUCGGGAAGAAAUUGGAACGCUCGGAGGAAUUCAACGAAGGAGAACCAAUCGAGCUCAAAGCAAAGAUUAACGGAAGCCCUAAACCUACCGUGGCUUGGUUCAAAAACGGGGAACCCAUCGACGACGAACGCAUCAAAACCACGGUGUUACCUGACGGUACCGUAAAGCUCAACAUCGAAAAGGCCGAACCUGGCGACAGUGGCGCCUACAAGCUCGUCAUCAAGAACCCCAAUGGAGAAUCAGCCUGUCUGUGUGCUGUAGCUGUUGCACAGAAACCUCAGAGACCGAAAUUCUUAAAGUGUUUCAAAGACGCGAAACUCCCUGCCGGAGAAUCCCUUCGUUUAGAAGCCCAAGUGCAAGCCCACCCACCACCGGAAAUCAAAUGGUUCAAAGACGGUGUUCCAGUCCGUACAUCUUCGAACAUCCACUACGAGUUGCAUCCGGACGGCAAAAUCGCCUUGAUAAUAGAUUGUGCCAAACCGGAAAACGCCGGGAAGUACGAACUUGUCGUAUCUAACAAAUAUGGUGACGCAUCUAGCGAGGCCAACAUAGAAGUAGCCAAGAAGCCAACGAAGCCUGAAUUCAUCACCCGUCUGGUACCUCAGACGGUGGUGGAAGGCUUCCCGGUGAAAUUAGAAGUCAGAGCCACCGGUUUCCCGGCACCUAAAAUCUCCUGGACGAGGAACGGCGCCGAAGUCGUCUCCGACAGCAAACACGUGAAGAUUCAAGAACUCCCCGAUGGCACCAGCAUCCUGUUGUUGGAUGCCGCAAACCAGGCACGUGAUGCGUUGACGUAUAGGGCUAUAGCUAUCAACGAGGCUGGAGAAGCUGAAACUAGCGCCGCCCUCACUAUCAAACCUGCGAGUGACAGCGACCAGCCGGAAGAACCACCCAUGUUCCUGCAUCCCCUGAAGGACGCAGUGGGCGAUGAAGGUCAGUCUUUGAUCCUGUCGGCUCCGUUCACUGCCAACCCGAUACCCAACGUGGAAUGGAGCAAAGACGGCGUGCCCAUGGAACCUUCCGACAGGAUUCUGAUCAUCUGUGACGGCAAGAAAGUCGGUCUAGAAAUCCUAAACGCUCUCCCUUCGGACGCCGGCCAGUACACAGUAACCCUCAGUAAUCCGCUUGGCAAAGAAACCUCUGAAGCUAAAGCCACCAUUCACAAAGUGUUCAUGCCCCCACACUUCACUCAAAGCUUCACAGACCUCCAACAACUACCGGGUCGCGACGCCAAAUUCCCUUGUCGCGUAACCGGCGUACCGCAACCCGAGGUCACCUGGUCGAAAGACGGCAUUCCCAUACACGAAUCCGACAAGUUCCACAUCAAGCGCGACGGAGAUUUGUGCUGUUUGUACAUCCUGAAUUGUGACGCUCCCGACGCUGCGGUCUACAGAGCCACCGCCACCAACAAAGAAGGUGAAGAAAUCUGCACUGCGUCACUCGAAGUCGUGGACCAAAUAAAAGCCCAGAAGAAGAUCGAGCCACCUGCGUUCCUGAAGCGCAUCGGAGACACCGAGUUGUUCCGCGGCAUGACGGCCAAGUUUACCGCGUGCGCUACUGGGUACCCCGAUCCUGAAGUCGAAUGGUACCAUAACGAUCAAAAGCUGUUCCCAUCGAAUCGCAUCAGAAUGGAAACCGAUAACGCGGGUCUUUUGCGGCUGGUGAUUUCCAACCUCGACGAGGACGAUCUUGGAAAGUACUCGUGCAAGAUUACGAACGAGUACGGCGGUGAUAUUUGCCAUGCGAACUUGAAUAUGGACGAGGGUUUGGAACCGAGAGUGAAACGUCCAAUCACAGAUCAGUACAGCGAGUUCGACAAGUACAAGAGGAGCGGAGCACCUAUGCCGCUUUCGGAUCCACCAAUCAUCUCGCAGAUGACGGACAGGCAUUGCACACUUUCCUGGAAGCCGUCCAUUCCCUCGGGACCCAGGGUACCCGUCACGUACCAACUGGAAAUGUGCGAACUUCCUCACGGGGAUUGGUUCACGGUUCGUACGGGAAUCAGGAGUUGUACUUGCGGAGUUCGCAACCUGGAACCGUUCAGGGAUUACAGGUUUAGAGUGAGAGUUGAAAACAAGUACGGCAUUAGCGAUCCGUCACCAUACGCCACGACUCACAGGGCAAAACUUGAACCCGAGCCGCCAAAAUUCCGUCCGUAUUUACCACCAGAGAUCGAUUUCCGCCCCGAAACAUCCCCCUAUUUCCCCAAGGACUUCGAUAUUGAAAGACCCCCGCAUGACAACAUGGCACAAGCUCCGAGGUUCUUACGCCAGGAGCACGACACACAGUAUGGUGUCAAGGAUCAAAAUACCAACCUCUUCUGGUUCGUCUACGGCUACCCUAAACCCAAAGUGUCGUUCUACUUCAACGACGAACUCAUCGAGAGUGGAGGUCGGUUCGAUAUGAGCUACACCCGCAAUGGACAAGCGACCCUCUUCAUCAACAAAAUGCUGGAAAGAGACGUCGGGUGGUACGAAGCCGUCGCCCAAAACGAGCACGGAGAAGCCAGACAAAGGGUUCGUCUAGAGAUCGCAGAAGCCCCAGCGUUCCUGCGCAGACCCGAAAUCCAAUACGCCAUGCAUAGAGGAAGAAUACGUUUCGAGGCUCGAAUCGUGGGAGUGCCAUAUCCGGACGUCAAGUGGUACAAAGACUGGAAGCCUUUGGCCACAUCCACUAGGAUUAAGAUCCAGUUCAUCGAGCCUGAUACUAGCGUCUUGGUCAUCAACGACAUCAUCAGCAAAGACGAAGGUCUCUAUUCUGUGAGCGCCCGCAACGUUGCCGGUUCCAUCUCCAGUAGCGCUAUGCUCUACGUGGAGGAAAGCGACCUAGACUACAACAUCCACACCUACAGAAACAUAGCCAACAUCAAAGCUAAGAAGAAGCCUUUCAGCGACUUCUACGAUUUGGGCGAUGAGUUAGGUCGUGGCACUCAAGGGAUUACAUACCAUGCAGUUGAGCGCAUCAACGGAAGAAAUUACGCUGCUAAGAUCAUGCACGGACGCGGCGAACUCAGACCUUGGAUGUACAACGAAUUCGAGGUCCUCAAUUCCUUGCGCCAUCGCAAGCUCAUUUCUUUGCAUGACAGUUAUGAAACUAGUGACUCUUUGGCUCUUGUUCUUGAGUUGGCUGCUGGAGGGGAGCUCGUUAAGGAUUAUCUCCUCAGACAGGAGUACUACACGGAAAGAGAGAUCGCCGGAUUCAUUAGACAGCUGCUUCAGGGCCUGGAAUACAUGCACGGGAAGGGUUACGGACACAUGGGUCUCAACCUUGGCGAUUUGUUGAUCGCUCAUCCCGGAGGAGAUGACCUCAAAAUCACCGACUUUGGCUUGGCUCGUAGAAUCACAGCGGGUAACUUGAUGCCGCUUCUGUAUGGAGUGCCAGAGUACGUCAGUCCGGAGGCUGUGAAUGGCGAGGGUACCGGUCUCGGCCAAGACAUGUGGAGUGUGGGUAUCAUCACCUACAUUCUUCUCUCUGGAAGAUCUCCUUUCAGAGGAAACGACGACAGAGAGACUUUGAAGAACGUACAAGGCGGAAAAUGGAUCUUUGACGAGGAAUGGUGGUUGAACAUUAGCGCCGAAGCUAAAGACUUCAUAUCUAAGCUUCUGGUUUACAACGCGGAAGGCAGGAUGGAUGUGCACGCCGCCUUAAGACAUCCUUGGCUGGAACGUGCCGAUAAAAUUUACACCGACGAGUACAGGAUUAGCAGCAAGUACUUGGACAGUUACUACAAGCUUUUCAGGGAAUGGUACGACAACGCGUCCUGCAAGAGGUGGUUCCGUCGUCGCACCUUAGAAAGUGCCUUUACUCAUCCGUCUCGAAUGGUGUAUCCACCCGGCGAAUAUGAUUCUCCAAGGGUCACCCCCUCGCCUAUUAAAGCGCCACGCUUGCCCACUUGGGAGGAUCAGCUUCCGGCUAGAUCUCCUCUCAACUACGAAAUCGGCUCAAUAAAAUCCGAGAGUCACUACCAAGCCGGUCCGGACACCUACCUCCUGCAGCUCCGCGACGUGGACUUUCCCGUACGCUUGCGCGAAUACAUGAAAGUCGCCGGCAGCAGAGGAACGGGUGCUGGUUUCAUCAUCUCCCACGAAAACGGUUUCGAUUGGAGGACGCCAACCAUCAGGGAACGUCGUCGCUUCACCGAUAUCAUGGACGAGGAAAUCGACGACGAAAGAAAAGCAAGGAUCAACAAGUACGGAACCGACGAUAGUUCGUAUAGCAUUCGUAGGUUAAAACACGAGCUCGGUUCGCGUCUCGAUACUUACGUCGAAGCGGAAGCUUACUUGGAAAGCAGGCAAGACGGUCGUCUACCGUUCUUCAGAGAAAAACCACAGAUGACUGCCAUGGUGGAAGGGAACAACGCCGAACUGACUUGUUUUGCGGUUGGCGAACCCGAACCUCUAGUCCAAUGGUUCAAAAACGACUCGAUCAUCGCCGAGUCUCACCGGGUCAAAAUCGACAUCGACGAAUUAGGGCGGAGUCAUUUGAGGUUCACGCCGGCUUUGGCCUUUGACCAGGGGACGUACAAAGUAGUGGCAAGGAACAAGCUAGGACAGACCAUCGCAAGGGCGAGAAUAGUCUACGGAAGUACACCCGAGGAACCAGAUUCCCCCGAAGCAAGCCAAGUUUCAGACACUGAGGUUUUCCUGACUUGGAAACAACCCAGAUUCGACGGGAAUUCUCCGGUCCUGUGCUACAGUCUCGACUACAAACUCGCGGACGACGUUGACUGGACCACGAAAGCGGAUAACAUUGACCACGAGUUCUACCUUUUGCGGGGGUUGACGCCGAAUACCAGUUACAUGUUUAGGCUGGCGGCUCGCAAUGCUAUUGGGUGGAGCGACUAUGGAGUCCCGACUGGGUUAGUCAAAACGAAAGGAGAAGGGGCACAAAAAAUACACCUAAGUCCCGCGGUACAGCACUUGCAGCAGAUCACGGAUAGUGGACUGCCUAUAGAAAUCGAGCCUGUCAGUUACCCCGACUAUGCAACUGAAACGCAACCGAUCGAAUGGCAGGAUUCAAACGCCCAAGAAAACUACAACUUAAUUUCAGAAGUUUCUCGGGGUCAAUUCUCAGCGGUACUUAAAGCAAUAGACAAAAGUUCCGACGCGGUGGUAGUCGCGAAGGUCCUAGAUAUGAGCAAAGCCGAAGACAUUGACGGCGAAUUUGCCGCUCUUAGAUCGCUACGUCAUGAAAGAAUCGCAGGGUUGCUGGCAGCCUUCAAGAGUGGUUCUAGUCCCGUAGCUGUUUUCAUUAUGGAGAAACUACAAGGCUCCGAUGUUCUGACAUACUUGGCCAGCAAACACGAGUACACCGAACAAACCGUCGCUACUAUAGUUUCACAGGUUAUUGACGGUUUGCAAUACCUCCACUGGAGAGGCUUAUGCCACCUGGACUUACAACCUGACAACAUCGUGAUGGCUGGAGUGAGGUCUGUCCAAAUAAAAUUAGUCGAUUUAGGUUCAGCUCAUCGUGUUACAAAACUUGGCACACGAGUACCAGUGGUCGGUCACUUGGAUUACAUCUCUCCCGAGGUGCUCAAUGAAGAGCCUGCGUUCCCUCAAACCGACAUCUGGACUGUGGGUGUCCUCACAUACGUUAUGUUAUCCGGUGUAGUACCUUUCAAAGGUCAAGACUUAAACGAAACGAAGCAGAAUAUUUCGUUCGUAAGGUACAGAUUCGAGCAUUUGUACAAGGAGAUUUCACAGGAGAGUACUCGAUUUUUGAUGUUGCUGUUCAAGAGGCAACCUAACAAACGACCUUCUGCGGAAGAGUGUCACGAAAAUAGGUGGCUGUUGCCCACGGAUUACAUGAUUAAGAAGCGGGAAAGGGCCGUAUUUUUAGGUAACAGGUUAAAGGAAUAUUCAAACGAAUAUCACAACGAAAAAGCUCAAGCCGCGCAAGACAUCACAGCAAAAUUAGGAGGCAAAUUCAGUAGAUCCCACAGCAUACAGGAAGAGUUAUUGACUGCGCCUUAGGCAUAAAAUUUUAGAAUGUAUAUAUUGUUUAUAAUGUUAAUACCAUUACAUUGUUAUGUUAAAAAACCUUAAUUAUUUUUGUGUUAUUUUCGUUGUAUCUUCAACUAAUCUGUACAACAAUAGAUCUUUAACGUUAUCAUCCAUUAAAAAAAAAAAUAUUUCAAUAAAGACUACAACAAUGAA